UUUUAAAAGUCGGACGUUAGCACGAUGUUUUCCUUUAUCGCGUCGCUCAGUCCGACUUCCUACUUCCUACCGGGGUGGUUCACUCUCGAUGCAAAUCCAGUGACGAGUUUACUUCAAGGACUGAUCGGUGCUUGUGGCAUCUCGGUGCUCUGCUCCCUGAUGAGACUGCACCUGUUUCUAGAAGAGGAGAGUUGGAGUGACACAAAGGACGCAUCGAGCGAGAGGACACCCAGUCACCAGAGGAGAGCUCACUCUGGACUCGUUGAGAAGCUCCAGUUUCUGCUCGUGACCGGGACGCUGGCCGUGGUGGGCUCCCGCGUGGCCUCCCUGGUGGUGCUGGAGUUUUGUAUUCGAGCCGUCUCCGGAUUGGCCACAGCAGGACCUGACUCAAAUAAAUGUGUGCAGCAGCUGCUGGUUCAAAGCCAGUUCUCCCUCGGCUGUGCCUUAAGCUGCAGUCUGCACUUUCUCCACGAGGGGGCGGCGCAGCGCUGGCUGUGCCUGCUGCUGGCCGCGGCGCUCAGCUGGUUCCUAGCGAGGCAGGCCACGCUGCUGCUGCGCCACGUCCUGUCUCUGUACAGACUCCACAGCUCACAGCGCUACUGCGGCAUUUGCAUCAGCCUCCUCACGGCGGGCCGCCGCCUGAUGCCCGCUCUGUGCAGGGCCGUGUGCAUCGCCUUCUCCGUGGCGGCGGUGGCCGCGGUGGCGGUCAUCAACCAGCACUUUCUCUCUGCAUCCGAGGCCCUCAGGUUUUGGACACCGCUGACUAUCUGCUACACACUGCUGGUUGUGUACAUGCAGGAGGAGCAGCACCGUCAGCCCGGCGGCCAGGCGGUGCUGAACACGGUGGUGGUGCGUCUCGGCGGUUUGAUGGUCCUGAUGCUGACUGUUGGACGCUGGGCUGACGUGCUCCACAUCCUAAUGUGCUUCCUGGGUGAGGCCAGCUGUCUAAUCCCCACUAAGGAUCUGCUCGAUGCCGCAUUAUCGCAGGUCAGUGGUUCUCCCCUGGAAGCCGCACGCGGGCUGAAAACGCCUUCUGUCCGCCGGGACCCCGGAACUGGGGCGGAAUAUCAAUGUGUGCGUCAGGCGUGGGUCCCAGGAUGAGAAGGAAGUUCUCUAACUUGUGUCCCAGGUGGAGAAGGUAGAAGAUCCCCCAGAUAGAUUCAGGCCAAAUUAACACCUGACUCAGAAUACUGAGCCUACUUUUUAUUUUCCACUGAGCUAGCCUGGUUAAAAGAAAGUUGUGUACCUUUGUGAAUUUGCUUUGAAAGGUGGGUUGAAUAUAUUUAGCAAAUAUAUAGGUUGAUAAAAUUGAUGUGGUUAACCUUAAAGACAACAAUACAUUGGAGCCAAGUUAAAAUAAAACACACAAGUGUUCAAUACAACAUUGUUGGUACUUAUAUAAUGUAUA